AAGAGACGACGUUAAUGUCACAACCAAUAUUCUCAAGGGACUCACAAGAAGAGCGUGGAGAGAACGCUCGUCUGUCCACCUUCGUUGGUGCUACAGCCUUAGCUGACUUGGUAAAAUCAACCCUCGGUCCAAAGGGAAUGAACAAAAUCCUCCAAUCGGGCACAGAUGGUAACAUUACCGUCACAAACGACGGUGCUACAAUCUUGAAGUCUGUUCCAUUGGACAAUCCAGCUGCAAAGAUCUUAGUAAACAUCUCAAAGGUACAAGACGACGAGGUCGGUGACGGUACUACCUCUGUUACUGUUUUGGCUGGUGAAUUGCUUAGAGAAGCUGAGAGACUAGUAAACGCAAAGACACACCCUCAAGUUAUCAUUGAUGGCUACAGAAUAGCCUCAAAAGCAGCUUUGCAAGCUUUGGAAUCCGCCGCUGUCGACAACUCAGCCAGGCUCGAGGCUUUCAGAACUGACCUCUUCAACAUCGCCAGAACAACACUUUCAUCAAAGGUUCUCUCACAAGACAAGGACUAUUUCGCAAACUUAGCUGUCGACGCUGUACUCAGAUUGAAGGGCAGCACAAACUUGGAGAACAUCCAAGUCAUCAAGAAGGUUGGUGGUAAGCUCACAGACAGUUACCUCGAUGAAGGUUUCAUUCUCGAUAAGAAGAUAGGCACAAACUGUCCAAAGAGAGUCGAAAACGCGAAAAUUCUCAUCGGUAACACCUCAAUGGACACUGAUAAGAUCAAAAUUUUCGGUGCACAAGUAAAGGUCGAUUCAACUGGUAAACUCGCUGACUUAGAAAGAGCUGAGCGUGAAAAGAUGAAGGCAAAGGUACAACGUAUAAAAUCACACGGAAUCAACACUUUUGUUAACCGUCAAUUGAUCUACAACUACCCAGAAAGCUUGUUCGCAGAGGCUGGCAUUACCUCAAUUGAGCAUGCUGACUUUGAAGGUGUCGAGCGUUUAGCUUUGGUAACCGGUGGUGAAAUCGCAAGUACAUUCGAGAACCCAGACCAAGUCAAGCUUGGUGAAUGUGAUCUUAUUGAGGAAAUUAUGAUUGGUGAAGAUACCUUAAUUAAAUUCUCUGGCGUUAAAGCUGGUGAAGCUUGCACCAUCGUAUUGCGUGGUGCAACAUCCCAAAUGAUCGAUGAAGCUGAGAGAUCCCUUCACGAUGCUCUCUCCGUACUGUCACAAACUGUCAAAGAAACAAGAACAGUAUUGGGUGGUGGAUGUGCCGAAACUCUCAUGGCAAAGGCCGUCGACGCGGAAGCACGUAAGACAGCAGGAAAGAAAGCGAUUGCAACUGAAGCUUUCGCUAAAGCACUCUUACAAAUGCCAACCAUUCUCGCUGACAAUGCUGGUUACGACUCCGCUGAACUUGUCGCAAAAUUACGUGCUAAGCACUAUGACGGUGACAACAAGGCUGGUUUGGACAUGGUCAAGGGUGAAGUUGGAGACAUGAAGGAGUUGGGUGUUACAGAGUCCUAUAAAUUGAAGAAGCAAGUCGUAUCAUCUGCUUCAGAGGCAACCGAAAUGUUGUUGAGAGUUGAUACGAUCUUGAGAGCUGCACCAAGACAACGUGAAGGUUAAUGACUAGGUGGAGAUAUCAUAUAACAGUUUUAUACAUGCAAAGCUUCCUU